AUGUCUACGCAACAAUAUCUCACCAUGCCUGAUCCUCGAUCCAACAUGAUCCAUUCCAGUCGUUCAUCCUUUACUCUCAAUGAGGGUCCGGGGCUGGACCCGGAAGCACAGAGCUUGAAGUCCCACCCUGAACAUCUUCAAUUUCUUACAAAACCCACCUUCAAACAACGCCUCCGUCACUUCACCUGGGCAUGGUACACUCUCACCAUGAGCACAGGAGGUCUUGCCCUCCUGUUAGCCAGCCAGCCUUACCAGUUCUCCGGCCUUCCCCAGAUCGGGCUGGCCGUAUAUAUCUUCAACCUUGUCCUCUUCGCUACCGUAUGCUCCUUGAUGAUCUCACGGUUUGCCAUCCACGGGGGUCUGGUGGACUCCAUCCGUCACGAACGCGAGGGCCUCUUCUUUCCUACCUUUUGGUUGAGCGUUGCCACGAUUAUCACUGGGUUGUAUCGGUACUUCGGGUCAAAUAACACCCUCACCCUUUACAGCAAUGGCAACGAGCCCUCGAGGGGGUUCCUACUUGCCCUCGAGGUCCUCUUCUGGCUCUAUUGCUUCUGCACGCUCAUUGUAGCCGUACUGCAGUACUCCUUUGUCUUCUCCACCCAUUCCUACGGCCUGCAGACCAUGAUGCCCUCCUGGAUUCUCCCGGCCUUCCCUGUCAUGCUCAGUGGCACCAUCGCCUCUGUAAUCGCAGAAACCCAACCUACUCGGUCCUGUAUCCCCAUCCUCACUGCCGGCUUGACCUUCCAGGGCCUCGGUUUCUCCAUCAGUAUCUUCAUGUACGCCCAUUACAUCGGCCGUCUGAUGGAAUCUGGCCUUCCGAACCGUGAGCAUAGACCCGGCAUGUUCAUCUGUGUUGGUCCCCCGGCUUUCACCGCGCUAGCCCUCAUUGGCAUGGCCCAAGGUCUACCAGACAACUUCCAUCUCGGAGCCGCUCCUACGCAGCACCCAUCCGCUGCCAUCGUCCCAGAUAGCCACAUUCUCGAACUUCUCGCCGUAACAGCCGGUGCCUUCCUCUGGGCUUUGAGUUUUUGGUUCUUCAGCAUCGCUUUCAUCGCCGUCAUCCGGGCUCCGCCGAAGGCCUUCCACUUGAACUGGUGGGCUAUGGUCUUCCCAAAUACAGGAUUUACUCUUGCUACUAUCACAUUGGGAAAGGCCAUGUCCAGCAAUGGGGUCAAGGGCGUCGCGUCGGCUAUGUCGAUCUGCAUUAUUUGUAUGUGGAUUUUUGUUGCUGUCAACCACGUUAAGGCUGUUUGGACGGGAGAGAUCAUGUGGCCUGGUAAAGACGAGGAUGUCAAUGAGUAG